GACACCAGCUGACCAGUUUUAGGUGUCAGUGGAAUUUGCGCGCUUAUUUCGGGGCUUAUUUCAUCUCUGGAACUCGAACUGCAGUUUUUACCAAGAUCAUGGAUUUUGUUGCGGAAAGCAAGCCGUACCGUAUAGCACUGUACUUCUUGACAUUAGUUGGCAGUCUACUAUUCGUCUUGUGGAAGGCAGUCGGUGUUUCGUUGGCUUGUCGAAGUCUCCCAAAGCGAUGGCUUGUGUUCCCUCUUCUCGGUUUCACCUCAAUAACUGUGGCAUGGAGAGAGAUAUACAUGUUUAUGGUGGAGGGGGCGAGAGAGUUUCCUGAUUUCCGUACUUAUCUUAAAGAGUCAGAAAUCAUUGUUGAGGCAUAUAGUGUAGUGACCAAUACCAAUGAGGGUUACUGGUGGUCUUCUCAGCUCUUGAUGUUUGUCCUCCCAUAUGUGGUAUUUAUCAACACAAAGGCAAGACAAAUCAACAUUCCCACUCUAGAGCUGUGUGCAUACACAUGGCUAGGCUUUGGCGGAGCAAUCAGCACCUCCUUUGCACUAUUUAUCUACCGCUACGAUGUAACCACUUACAUGAAAACAACGAAAGAGCUCACAAUAGUUGAGUCCAAGAUAGCAAUGCCAGGAAUUGCAGCACUUUUUAUAUGUCUUUGGUCAGGAUAUAUGAACACUAUUUUCUUAUACACCUCUGUGGAUUCGUCCUUCAAAGCCUAUCUGCUGCUCUUACAUGUUUUUCUCUUUCUUCCAAGCUUGCUUCCAGCAUUACAAAUGAAACAUAAGGACAAUAUUCUGGAUGACAACUUGAAAGGCUUUGUCCCUUUGUUGUAUGCCUUGUUAGCUUUCUUUAUUGCAUGCCAUCAUUUUUAUUUUUCACAUACAAUUCUACAUUCUGACUUUGCACCAGAAGCCUUUGUGAAGCUUAUUGCUUCAGGUUUUGAUCAUCACAGCCAAAAUGGAAUCUCUUCAGAUCUUGUUUUUUCAUUCCUGGUUUGUGUCUGUUAUUUCUUGGUGAAACCAAUAGGAACUCCAGCUAGUUCGCCCGUGCUUAUUCCCUUUAUUUGCUUGACUCCUUGCUUUUCCCUUGGUUGUACAUUUUCCUUGGUUAUGCUCUAUGAUGAAUUCUUACAAGAAAACAAAACCAAACAAAAAACUGAGUAGGUUUUUUUGGAAUGGUGUUAAAAACAAGGUUUUGUAGUAAAACAGCCAACAUAGAGUUGUAAAACAUCUGUUUACUUUAGACAACUUAACUUUAAUUAUGGUAGUUAAGGUAAUAAUUAAGGUAUUUAUGUAUGAGUAAUCCAUGGUGUAUGUAAUACUUCCAUGUAAUUUUACUGUUUGAUGGAUGUAGAACUACAACAUACUGUUACAUUUGUUGAGUCACAGAGAAAAUUCUUUUGCAUUGGUUGUGACAAAUACAAAGAGACAUUUACAAAAACAGCUGAAUUAUUUUCUUUGAAUUUCUCUGUUAAGAACAUUGCAAACCAUGUUUGUCUAAAAUCUUCACAAAAAUUUGCUGACAUUUCGGGAGCGUGCUUUCUGUCAGCUCUUUUAGAAUAUUUGCUGUUUUAGAAUGUAUUUGUUUUUGAUAUUUGAAAGCAUGUCAAAUCAAUCUUCAAAGACAUUGUCUAGGGCUAGGCUAGCUAAAAACAAGGUAUAUGUGCAUAACAUUUAAUCAUAUACAUAUGUUGACCCAA